AUGAGCCUGAUUUUAUCAACAAAUCAGGAUGAAAGUUUUUUUUGGUAUAAAUAUGCUGAAAUAGGGUUUUGGAUAUUAGAUCUAAAGCUUCCUCCAACAGCUAGUCGAGCAUAUCGUGAGGUCGUGCAGCAACCAGGAAUCUUUGCGGACUCAUCAACAUACUCAGCAUCAUUGACAUUUUUCCUUGAUCCUCCGAGUUAUCCUGCGUGUUGGUGGUGUGGUUUUCAUCAUUAG